AUGGCCAUUAUUGCAACAUUGAAGGCGAAGGGGAAGUUUUCCAAGCUGCCCAGUGAGGUCUCUCUGGAGCCGACCGAUACUGCCGCUUCGCUAGCAUCUAUGAUUGCCAAAGACACCGGGCUGGCUGCCAAUCGAAUUCGGCUCACCGUGAAAGGAGACAAGCCUACCAGCGAAAAGUCCAAGUCCAAGGACAAGGUGCUGUCAAAUUCAGACCGGCUGGCUAGCUUCGCUACCGACGACGCUGUGACCGUCUAUGUUCGCGAUCUGGGGCCGCAGAUUGCCUGGCGCACUGUCUUCUUGAUUGAGUACCUGGGUCCCUUGCUCAUCCACCCCAUUUUCUACUUUGGUCAAAAACUUAUCUACGGCAAGGCGUUCACGCACUCCGCCAGCCAAAGACUGCUGUUUGUCUGCGUGCUUUUGCACUUUGUCAAACGCGAGGUCGAGACUGCCUUUGUGCACAAAUUCUCCCUGGCAACCAUGCCCUUUUUCAAUCUUUUCAAGAAUUGCUCCCACUACUGGCUGCUUUCUGGCGUUUUGCUCGCAUAUUUUAGCUACGCUCCUGCCUCGUUCGCCCAGGGUAGCAUUCUGAACAAGUUCCUGUUCGGAAGCAACCUGUUUGAAUGGGACAGCAACCAGCUGAUUCUGCUCGGCGUUGCCUGGCUGUUUGCUGAGCUCUCGAACCUGACUGUUCACCUCAAUCUAGCAUCGCUGCGCUCAACAGGCUCCACCGAACGUAAGAUCCCCUACGGCUACGGAUUCGACAAGGUGUCGUGCCCCAACUACUUUUUUGAGGCCUGGGGCUGGUUUGUGCUGUCUUGCGUGGGCCAGAACUGGUCUAUCUGGCUAUUUUUCAUCGUGGGGUCCCUGCAGAUGUACUUCUGGGCCGUCAAAAAGCACAAGCGCUACCUCGCUGAGUUCCCAGACUACCCCAAGAACCGCACCGCUUUUAUCCCCUAUCUUUGCUAG